AUGUCUACGGCUGUAGCGGAACUGGAGAGCUAUCUCCAAUCCAUGCUGGCUCUCAAGCCUCCUGGAGUAUCGGGCAGCAAGAUUCAGGGCAUCACCGCACUGUGCACCGCCAACGUCCAGAAUGAAUCCGUCUUGAUUCAAAAGAUCUACACCCACUUCAAGAAGACACCGGGCACUCACAAGCUGGGAGUCCUGUACGUCGUAGACUCUGUAACCCGGCAAUGGGUAGAAGCUGCACGCAAGGCUGGUCAACUUCCUGGCAACAAUCCCUCCGAUGGAACAUUUGCUGCAGGAGUCAAUCGAGUCACUGAACUGCUCCCCGUUCUGAUGACCGACAUCAUAAACAAUGCCCCCAAUGAUCAAAAGGAGAAAAUCAAGAAGCUCAUCGACAUUUGGGAGCGUGGUGGCACCUUUCCCACUGCCAUGCUCGCCUCGUUCCGAGACAAGCUGAACGCCCCUCCACAGAAUGUGGAAUCCACCACUCCCGAGGGUUCUCCCGCCCCAGGUUUCAUUCCCCUUGGAGGCCCACCUUCUCAGCCUCAACCUGCUACCAACGGAGCUGCAGCUGCCCCAGAUACCUCUAGUAUUCUGAAGGCUCUGGCAGAUAUGGCCAAGCAGAGCUCUGCAGCUCCCGCUGCCGCUGCCGCUGCCCCUGCAGCUCCUGUCAACCCUUUGGCUGCCCUCGCCGGUGCCAUCCCCCCACCGGUCUCAUCUGCCGACUCCUCCUCGGUUCCCCCAGCUGCGAACCCUUACGCUGCCGCUGGAAUGGGUGCGAACCCUUAUGCUGCUUUGGCUGGUAUGGCCCAGAACUCAGCCAUGCCUCCUCAACCCCACAGCCAGAACCACACUCCCAACCCCAUGGCCGCCGCCCCGAACCCGUUGGCCGCCAUGAUGGCCCAGUCUAACGCUGCUCCGGCCAUGCCUGAUGGCAACGCUCUGUCGCAACAGCUUCAGCUGCUGCAGUUCCUUUCGACCCAGGGCAUUCCUCAAGACCAGUGGGCGACCGCACUCCAGCUCCUCAACAUGUCUAACCCUAUGGGCGGUGCUAACCCUGCUGCUCCUAUCCCCGGAUUCCCCAUGAUGCCCGGACAAGCCCCUGCGGCUCCUGGUGGUUGGGGUCAGCACGAUACCCAGAACCGCGACGACCGUGAUCGCGAUCGCGACCGUGACUAUCCUCGCUCUCCAGGAGGCUAUCGCCGGCGCUCUCGUUCUCCCGGUUGGGACCGUCGUCGCACCGCAUCCCCGCCUCGUCGUCGCGACAGCCCCGUCUAUGGUGAAUACAACGGUGACUCCCCCGGCCGUCGGGGUGACCCUCGUGAUGCCCGUGGAGGUCGUCGGGGUGGUCCCAGCGAAUACCGCCAGCGCAGCCCACCCGGUGGUCGUCGCCGCCGGUCUCCCUCUCCCCAGCGCAAGGAUCCCAACCUCCCUCCUCCCGGUCCCAAGCUCAUCGAGUGGGACUACUCUAUCGGCCAGGGUAACAUCAAGGUUCUCAGCCGCACGCUGUUUGUUGGUGGUGUGACCUCUUCCGAGGCCCACCUGCGCUCCCUCUUUGGCCGAUUCGGUGUUGUUCAAACCUGCAUUGUCAACGUCGACAAGCGCCACGCCUUUAUCAAGAUGAUCAGCCGUCCCGAUGCGGUCGCUGCUCGCGAUGGUAUGGAGUCUUAUCGCCAGGCUGAGAUGCAACUGCGCACCCGCUGGGGUGUCGGCUUUGGUCCUCGUGACUGCAGCGACUAUCAAACUGGUAUCAGUGUGAUCCCUAUCGAGCGGCUGACCGAGGCUGAUCGCAAGUGGAUGCUGACUGCCGAGUAUGGCGGUACUGGUGGAAAAUCCAUCGAGUCGGGCAUGGUGGUCGAAGAGCCGGAUAUUGAGAUUGGUGCAGGCGUUUCCUCCAAGGCCAUUAGCCGACGCAUCGCAACCGAUACUGGCGGCAAGCGUGGACCUAUCUCCUCCCGCGGCCAGGGCCCUGACCAGGGACCCCCUCAGCAGCGCUUCGGUGGUGGUGGCCGUGGCCGGUUCGACCGUGAUGGCUUCGGUGGUCCUUCCCAGGGAGGACAGGGCCAGGACCAGCACGAUAUGUCGGGCGCACCCAACCCCGGCGUUCCUCCCGCAGUCCCUGCCUAUGGCUUCAACUUCCCCGGCAUGCCCGCUAUGCCUUUCCUCCCACCGGGUUAUAUGAUGGGCAAUGCACAGGCACCCUCAACCCAGCCCCCACCCCCUGGACAGGGUAACUAG